AUGGGCAUCCAGGGGCUCACCCGGCAUCUGGAGCCGUAUGCGACGCGGCUCUCAUCCGACCAGCUCGACGGUUAUGCGGGCGUAGUCGACGGGCCCGCCCUCGCCUACCACGCUCACAAACUGGCCCUGGCCGCUGCUGCUAGCGCGUCGCGAAUGCCAUCGUAUGCAGACAUCACCGCCCAAGCCCUGUGCUGGCUGCGUGCUCUGGAAUCCAGCAACAUCAAGGUGGCGGCCAUCUUCUUCGACGGGGCCCUUCCUCCAUCCAAGCGGACAGAGAGAUUGUCGAGGACCGAGCAGAAUAACAGGCGUGUGCAGCAGCUUCGUGCAAGUUAUGCAACAGCCGCAUGCCCGGUUCCCACGUACCUGGGCUCGAUAGCCUAUGCCUUCCUUGCCCCAGCACUGCAAGAGGCCUUGCAGACCUCGCCUUUUGCUUCGAGGACGCACAUUGUUUCUGGAGAGGCAGACGACUGGUGUGCACUACAUGCCAAGGAGAAUGCGCAAUCCAUCAUCUUCACCAGUGACACAGAUCUCGUCCUCUACGACUAUUGUCCAGAUACGCUGAUAGUCUUUUUGCAUCAUGCCGACGUGUCGACCGGUAUCCAGGCCUACUCUCCCAAUGAAAUUCGAAACCAGCUGCAGCUAAAGAGCCUGCUACCCUUUGCAUUCGCUCUCCUGGAAGGUCCACAGGUGGGCGCGAACAAACUAGCCCACAAAGCUAGGGCUGUAGACAAAAGCUCUUCGCAGUACCUUGAAUUUAGCAAACGAUAUGUUGCCAACGCUGGUACCAAUACUUCGUCCAAUCUGCCCAAGCUGGACGUUCGGAUAUCGGAAUUUGUCCAUCAAGCCUUGGAAAAGGUCGAAACUCCUUUUGUGUACAUGCCUUUACUGAUGGAAGAGCCCGGCCAAGCAUCGGCAUGGAAUGCGGGUUGCGACGUGCGCACGUUGGGAUACUCGUUGCUAGCAUCUGACAAGAUGGUUGUUCACGAAUACAGACGAAAAGCGCAAAUCGUCGCUGUGCAAGAAGUUGUUACAUACUCGCACGCACAUCUGCUGGUUCCUAUCAAAGACCUUGAGCGACAAGUUGGUACCCUAAUGAACUGGGCUGCUUCCAGAGCUAUCGACACUACCCUACUUUGGCCUCUCUUUGCCCUUAGUCUGGUUCUGGGAGAGUUGAAAAGCACUCCUCCAGUUUCUUUGGUGCUCCGCGUAAUCAACGGAGAUUUUGACAACUCCUGGGCGUUUGUACAGUUCAUGGCUCGCUUACAAUCAGCUCUUUAUUCGCUCCGCAUGUUCAGUCAGAUAACAAAAGUAUGUCUUGCAGUCAAGCCAAAAGCAGACCCAAAGCUCCGUGAUUGUUUAGUCAGCUUGGACCAACACAUGCACACUCUCCCUUCUAUAUCCAACGGGUUUGGCGUGCCAGGACAAACGAAGCGAGUUUUGGCAGACCACGAAAAGCUGAGGGCAUUGGUUGAGGAAAUAUAUGUAUCCGCUGGUGUUGAAGUACCCACGGAGCAAAUCUCGAACAAGAAGAAGAAGCGCCAGACAAGAGAGGCGGAGAGGAAGAAGAAAAAGGCCGAACAGAGACAGCAGCCCAAGCCGCACAUUAUCAACGCCUAUAGCCUGCUUGGUGACAUUCAGAGCUAG